AUGGCUAAUUUGGCACUAGCUGGCUAUGUGUUCCAACCCACCGGUCGUGAGCUCGUCGGCCACUACCUCAUGCCCAGGGCGGGGCUCGGCGGCUUCUUCCUCCCCGGCGUCAUCGAGGAGGGCGUGGACGUCUUGUCCUUGCGCCCACGUGCACUCUCCUUCUCGGAAAACCAUAGGAGGGAUUACGGUGAGGUAUGGGGCUUCUUCUUCGUGGCAAAGCCCGCCGGCGAGACAUGCCCGACGCCGGGCGCGGGCGGGUGCUGGGAGCAGUACGGCCAGGAGAAGGCGUACUACGGCGGCGAGGGCGGCCAGGAGGCAGUGGCGUUCCGGCGCAGGUUCGCGUACCGCUACUCGUGGAGGGACAGGGAGGUAGUAUCGCAGACGCGCUGGAGGAUGAAGGAGUACCGGCUCAACGGGAACGCGGCCGCCUUCUGCCACGCGCACCCGGGCCCCAUGCCGUCAGACCUCGUCUUCAUAGUCCACAAGGUCUACAGGAAGCCGCUGAUCCCUCCGCCGCCACCGCCCGACAGCAGCUCCAGCGAGGACGAGGGCUUCGAGAGCUACAUCGUGUACUCGCAACUCGAUGAGAUCAUGCGGUAG